CAUGGAUCUGCCCUGGACAGCUCUCUUCCUGAGCACUGUCCUCCUGAGUCUUUCAUGCCAGGGGACUGCCUGGGAUUCCGAUAGAAAUUUUAUUUCAGCCGCUGGUCCUCUUACAAAUGACUUAGUGCUUAACCUGAGCCAUCCACUGGGAACCCGGGGCUCUGGUUUUGGACCUGGCAGCAAGGACUUCUACGUCUGCCAACAGCCAUUGCCCUCUUUCUUGCCACAGUACUUGAGCAGUCUUCGUGCCAGUCAGGUCACCCAUUACAAAGUACUUCUAUCAUGGGCACAGCUUCUGCCAACGGGAAGCCCCAAGAAUCCAGACCAGGAAGCGGUGCGGUGCUACCGACAACUCCUGCAGUCCCUGAAGGCUGCCCAGCUUCAGCCCAUGGUGGUCCUGUGCCACCAGACGCCACCCACCCGCGGCACCAUCCAGAGAGACAGGGACUUUGCUGACCUCUUUGCCGACUAUGCCACGUUCGCCUUCCAGUCCUUUGGGGACCUUGCUGAGAUCUGGUUCACCUUCAGCGACUUGGAGAAAGUGAUCCUGGAUCUUGCCCCCCAGGGUUCGAAAGCUUCUGCUCUCCAAACCCUCAGCAAGGCCCACAGGAAAGCCUUUGAAGUUUACCACAGAGAGUUCUCUUCUCAGGGAUGAAGGCUCUCUGUGGUCCUGAAGGCUGAAGAUAUCCCCGAGCUCCUGCUAACCCCGUCCUCGGCUGCACUCACCAAGGUAGAUGCAGCAUCUGUAAUGCCUAGGGAGAAAUGUGAUUGUGUUUAUUUAUUUUGAGAUGAGGCCUGUGUAAGAGGAAAAGAGCUUGAGGCUGCUCAGUGACUGUGGCACAGGUGUAUUAGUCAACCUGAGAAGGGCUGUCACCAGAGAA